CUCAACUGGCUUACCUGGUUAAAUAAAGGUGAAAUAAAAAUAAAAAUAAAAUUGUGGAUGCAGCGAAGCGGUUCCUGGGGUUGAGAGAUUUCUCAGCGGAGGAGUUACAUGGAAUAUUGGCACAAGCCGUACCACCCUCUCAGGCCCUAGAUAUGGAGAUUGAAAGGAGGAAGAAGUGGGAGUUUUGUUUUGGUCAAUGUACUAUUUUUAUUUGGGUGGAUUAAGGUAGUUUCCCUAUCACAUAUGGAUUUUUUUUAACCUUGUUUUGAUUUUUCAACCCGUCCAGUUGGUGGCGGCAAUACACCUUUUUGGGUUGUAGUCUGCCAUAAAACCUGCAGAAGAAGAAGAAGAAGAACGUCUCAUUGUUCUAUCUGUGACACGAUGACGCGGAGCAGGAAGUGUCUGUGCUGUUUUGAUUGACGAUGCACUGAGACAAAGUUGUUGAUUUAUAUAAAACAAAAAGCAAUUUCACUUUGUUUUGAAGGUGCAUGGUUGCUCUACAUGUGAAACGACUGUAUGAGUGACGCAUACAACCACAGCACUCCACUACCAUGGGCCAGCGAAGGAGGGGGACGGCUGCCCAAGCUCCCCCAGCAAACAGACACCCUGACGGGCUCAUAGUAGCUCCCCAGGCCCCAGCCAGGAAACACAACAUUUGCAUGGUGUCAGACUUCUUCUACCCCAACAUGGGAGGGGUGGAGAGCCACAUCUACCAGCUAUCCCAGUGUCUGAUAGAGAAGGGCCACAAGGUGGUGAUCGCCACCCACGCCUACGGCUGCAGAAAGGGGGUCCGCUACCUGCCCAACGGGCUCAAGGUCUACUACCUGCCCCUGCAGGUGAUGUACAACCAGUCCACCGUAACCACCUGCUUCCACAGCCUGCCACUACUGCGCUGUGUGUUCGUCAGGGAGCGCAUCACCGUGGUGCACGCCCACAGCUCCUUCUCCGCCAUGGGCCACGAUGCACUCUUCCACGCCAAGACCAUGGGCCUCAACACGGUGUUCACUGACCACUCCCUCUUCGGUUUUGCUGACGUCAGCUCGGUGCUGACCAAUAAGCUGCUGACUGUGUCUCUGUGCGAUACCAAUCACAUUGUGUGUGUGUCGUACACCAGUAAAGAGAACACAGUGCUCAGGGCAGGGCUCGACCCCAAGAUUGUUUCUGUCAUCCCCAAUGCCGUCGACCCCAGAGACUUCACCCCCGACCCCUCCCAACGGCAUGUCGACAGGAUCACCAUUGUUGUGAUCAGCCGUCUCGUCUACCGCAAAGGAAUAGAUCUUCUGGGAAGGAUCAUCCCAGAGCUCUGCCUGAAACAUCCAGAUCUACAUUUCCUGAUUGGUGGAGAGGGACCAAAGAGAAUCGUGUUGGAGGAAGUGAGAGAGAAAUACCAGCUACACGACAGGGUGCAUCUCCUGGGGGCCCUGGAGCAUAAGGAUGUGCGUGGGGUGUUGGUCCAGGGACAUAUCUUCCUCAACACCUCCCUGACUGAGGCCUUCUGCAUGGCCAUAGUGGAGGGAGCCAGCUGUGGACUACAGGUGGUAAGUACGCGUGUUGGAGGGAUCCCAGAGGUUCUGCCUGAGGAUCUGAUCACCCUGUGCGAGCCCACCGUGCAUUCUCUGUGUGCCGGCCUGGAGAGUGUCAUCGCUAGGCAACUAUCAGGCCGGGUUGCCUCCCCCGCCACCAUCCACGCCCAUGUCCGCACCCUGUACACCUGGAGGAACGUCGCAGAGAGGACAGAGAAGGUGUAUGACUGCGUCGUUGGGAAGGAGGUUCUUCCUCUGGACAGACGGCUGCUCAGACUGAGGGCACACUGUGGCCCCGUGGCAGGCUCCAUCUUUUCCCUCUUUGCUGUUCUCGACUUCCUCUUCCUGCUCCUCCUCCGCUGGCUCCUCCCAGACCGCCUCAUAGACAUUGCCAUGGACGCCACAGGCCCCCAGGGAUUGUGGAGGCGGGGCUUGGGCGAUAGGAAAGGAACUCACUCUAAAAGUGCCGUCUUGACAAAGGAGGAGCCAGGUGGUCACAAGACCAAGUUAUGAUCACAACUCCAAGCAGGCACAAGUCCUUAUCCUAUUAUAUAACUCCUGAUAUAUUGAUACCUGACCCCACUACCUUAUGACCUGUGGAGACUGACCAGUCAUUUUUUUUUUCUUGCUCAGGUAAAGUUAAGACUUAUAUUCAUUGUAAUCCCUGAAUGUGAAGCACUCCUGUUUUUAUAUUUCACUCAGUUUGAUUUGAUUUUCAUUUCUCUACCCAUGAUUUGCACUGAAUAACGAAGGGAUAUAGGCGCACAGAAUUAUUUGACAUAGGAAAAAGGUUGAGGGUAUACCGAUCUCACGAUGAUGGCUGUGUGUAGCCUGAUGAUGCACUGCUUCCUGGAUCUUGACCUAUAAUGUAAAUAAGUAAAGUAAAGUUUUUCAUAAUUA